CUUGCAUGGAGGCCGCGGGCCCUUUUGUUGCCUAGCAACCAGCUUGGCGUGGGUUGGGAAGCGGGGCGCGAGCCGAAGCCGUUGAGGAGGAAGAGGAGGAGGAAGCAGGAAGCAUCGCCUUCCUCGCCGCCCCCGUCUCCAUGGAGGAGAGCCGAGUGGAAGAGGAGGAGGAUGAAGAGGAGGAGAAGGAGGAAGAGGGAGAAGGAGCGGAGGCGGCGCGGCCUUUGGCGCUGAGCGUGGGCGGCUGGGGCUUCUCCCUCCCGCGGAGCAAGCUGGCCCCGCUGCCCUGGAAGGAGGAGGCCGAGGAGGAGGAGGAUGAGGAGGAGGAGGAGGAAGGAGAUGGAGGAGGAGGAGGAGGAGGAGGAGGGGGGCGGCGGCUCUUCCUGGACGCGGACGGGCUGGCCUUCCGCCACCUGCGCGCCUCCCUCCGCGCCCCGCUCCACGGCCCCGCCCACGCAAACCACGCCCUCCUCCAGGAGCUGGCCCACAGGCUCCGCCUACAGCCACGCCCCCUCCAGACUCUGGACAACUUGAAGGAAGGGAAGCACAACCUGCGCAUCCGGCCGUCCGACAUCCCGAUCGCAGAAAGGGCCUCCAUGAAUUACUGGCGGACCAGGAAAUGCAUCAGCAAGCCGCCCGAGCUCCCCCCGAAAAACCCAGCCUUGACUGGGUUGCAGGAGAAGGCUCCCCUGGGCUUGAUGGACACCCCGCUUCUGGACACCGAGGAGGAAGUGCAUUACUGCUUCCUGCCGCUGGAUUUGGUGGAGAAACACCCUGCUUUGGUCAACGACGACAACCUGCUGUGGCUUUCGGACAACGCUGCUCUGGUCGAGUGUGAAAAUAGUGAAUUCCGCUUCAUUGCGAAUUUCCUCCGCUCGGAGAGGCUUCUUCUGCCGGACGACUUCUCCCACCUGGACGCCCUGGAAGCGGAAGCGGAAGCCCUGGACAUCCCGGAGAUCAACGAAGCCCUGAAGGCCCACAAGGCGCUCCUUGGCCUGGCUUCAGAGGAGGAGGCCACUGGCAUCCAGGUUGGGCUCCCAAAGGGCAGAGCGGUCCGUCCGUCCUGCAGCGCCCGGGGCCCCAAGGGCCGCCCCCUGGCCCUGUUCCCAAUGGCGCUGGGCCUGCUGGUCAAGUACCCGGACUCGGCCCUGGGCCAGCUCCACAUGGAGGGCAGCCUGGACAGGAGCCGGCUCUACGUCUCCGGGAACGGAGUCCUCUUCCAGCACGUCAGGAACUGGUUGGGGAUCUGCCGGCUCCCGCUGACGCGAACCAUGUCUGAGCUCCCAGAACUCUGUGCCUAUUUGGAUCAGAUGGAUGUCACCUAUGAGCCGAUGAAGGAAGCUUUGAAGAUAUAUUUGAAACAAGGGAUGCCCACGGACACUAGAGUAAGGGAGGCAAACUGGGCAGCGGAUGUGACCGCCUUUUCGCCCCUUCAUAUUGUCAAAGUGUACGCGGGGAGCCAUUGGUACGCCACCUACUUACAGACGUUAUUGAAGUUUCCGGAGCUGCUGUCCAACAGCAAAAAGGCCAUUUGGAUCGCUUUCGGACACAGUCUUCUCAUCCACGGUGACGGGAAAAUGUUUCGGCACAUUCUCAACUUCUUUCGCCUCGGGAAGCUGUUCUUGCCAGUGGAAUUUAAGGAAUGGGCUCUUCUGCGCCAGGAAGCGGCGGAGUUCCAGAUCCCUUCUCUUCUGGAGGCCCUCCACCAACAUGAAGGCUACAGGCUGUGGCUGCAGCAACGUGAAGGUCUGAGGGAAGCCCCUCUGCCGCAGAGCCUGGAGCCGGAGAAGGAACAGCGGCCUGGAGGAGACCCCCAGGAGCCCCCGCAGGUGUCUGUGCCCGGUCCCUGGAGCCGAGGGAGAGACGGCCUGGAGCGGCGGGCGAGCGCCAGGGAGAGCGGAGUUCGGCCGACCCGGCUCUCUCCAGCCAAGGCGGUCAAGCGCCAGAGCAGCAGCAGGGAAGGCCCCGCUCCCUCCUCCGGCGAAGGCCAGGCCCCAGAGAGCCCCCCGCGGAAGAGGCCGGCCAAGGGCGGCGGGGCCAGGCGGGCCACGGGCAGCGAGACCCCCAUCCAGAGGCUCAUCUCCCUGGUCCAGGGAUGGGACAUGGUGGCCCCGGCAGAGGAGAAGGCGGAGGAGGAGGAGGAAGGGCCCAGGAGGAGGACCCCCUGCAGCCUCGGGGUCCCGGCCACCCUGCAAAACGGCCUCAAGGCUGCACCGGCUGCACAGGAAAGCUCUCUCAAAGCCGGGCAGUGCACAACGGGGGCUCCUGAGUCUCAGCCUGGCAAGGCGGCUGCCGAGAUGCGUCCCUCGCAGGGAGAAGCUGCAGGCGGAGGAGGGUCAAAGGGCCCCAAAGAGAUGGAGAAAGGGCCCGUCUCCUUUGAGCCCCGGGGCCAGAGCGGCCUGAUCCUGAAAGUGGCGCACCCCCCGAUGGUGGCAUGUGAUGGGUCCUGCGUGUCCCACGAAGGGAGCCUCCUCUACGCGGCCUCCCUGGAGGGCCUCCAGCUGCCCAGCACCCUCACAGAGUCCCGGCCCCAAGAUAUCGUCUUCCUGAGCCUCCCGCUGUCCCAGGAGGAGAUCUUCUACGGGCGCAGCUGCCACGUCUUCCUCACCGACCUCAUCCUGGAGUCCAUCCGGCAGAAGGACCCCAAGGGCACCACCGCCAGGAUACAGAUCCUGGUGCAGAGGCUCUGGGGCCUGCAGAUCUCAGCCGGGGAGUUUGUGGCCGACCUGCUGCACUUGCCCCCCUUCAAGGCCGGCAACGGCGCCUGCCAAAGACUGGCCAAGUGGGUUGAGUUUUCCCUGCCGUUCGCCUGGAAGUACAGUUCCUGCAUGGAGCUCCUGGUGAAAAAGGGGUAUUUUCAAUCGCUCUCACAUUUUGUCAUUGGGAAGUAUUUGCAGAGCUCUGAAUAAAAUAUUGAGACAAUCCAAAGAUUAGAAGAAACCUCUUUUAUUAAGUCAAACUUUUAAAAACGGCGUCGGCAUUGGAGACGCAAUAAGUAAACAACAACAGUCUCCCCUGAGGGAUUUCAUGUAAGACGCUCGUUGCCUUUCCGUUUCCAGGAAUCCCUUGAGUUAGAGCAAAGGGCCCCCCAAAGUCAUUCAUGCCCAUAAAUCCGCAUUGUAGAGCUUUAUAGUAUUAAAUUCUUACAAGAGAGACAAGGCCGCCGGGAGGAAAAAAUCCAGCGUAUUAAAUAAAUGUACAAAACAAGGGCCCGUAUUCGCAGUGGCGGGGCUUAGGGGCAAAUGGGCAUUUGGUUACGAAACCUGAGGAGAGGAGCGCAGCCAAAGCAAAAUGGCAACGGCUGCAGGGUUUGCCAUUUGCAGGGAAAGCGCCAAGGCAAGUGGGUCACCCUGGCGCUGAGGAAUCCGCUAACGAAGGGAGUCGUAAUUGGAAGGACAAGGAAAUACAUUAUUACCCCCUCAAACAUCAGGCGAAGGCAAAACAAAGAGAACUGGCCUGGAGAACAAGGUUCAGCGGACAGAGAACACAACGGGGACUCUGCACCAUGAAAAUAAAUACUUCCUUCUGUGUUUAGGACACUUCAAACAUGUGCAACUUCUGGAAUGAGAACAACAACAAAGGGAGACCAUUUGCGCUUCUUUGGAGAGUGGUCUCUGCCCCCACCUUCCAACCAGUGCCCCUCACAAAGGGCACGAGUCUGGCCCGGGAGGCAUGGGCCCCUCUGUACCCAACGGUCAACGGGAGGGGCUGGUCAAGCGGGCAGUGGGUGGCUGCUCCUCCAGAUGCCUCUGAGAGGCUGAAGACAUUCAGACCUGCAAGACAAGGGUCAUCUAUGGGGUCAGGAGUCCCGUAGAUCAAACAAUCCGAGUCAAACACAGUAAAGGCAGUCCGGUAGAGAAAGCUAGUCAGAACAAAGAUUCCUCAGCUGCUACUGCAAUAGCGGCGGAUUAGAAGAACUGAGGCACUGGCUAUAUAUACUCUAUGGGGAGAGUGGGCGGGGCUACUGCCAAAAAGUGUCAAAAAAGAUUUCUAGAAGAUUCCGAAGCUGCCUGCACAGGCGCAGGAAAUACCAUAUGUGCGAAUUUCACAGUUGACCACAAAGGAGAAAUGGUAUGUGUGUGGUUCAGAAGAAUGAAGUUUGUAGAAAGUUAAAAAAAGGAAGAUUGAGAUAGGAGAUAGAGGGGGAAUUGGAGGUUUUGAGAAGAGGUUCCUCAGGUGUUUUGGACUGCAACUCCCACCACUCCUAACAGGCAGUAGGCUGUUGAAGUCCAAAACACUUGGAGGGUCAAAGUUGGCCCAGGCCUGCUCUAAAGCUCACUCUGCCAGUCUCUGCUAGACAAAACAAAGCACAGCAGGGAUCUUAGAGAGGCAACCAAGAAGGAUGAAAAGUAUCUAGAUUGGAAUGGAAAAGAUACUACUCACCCAACCUCAACAGCGACUUGCCUUGUACCCCAAAAGGAGGGCUGCGCCAGGGUCUCUUUUGAGCACUUACCGCGGAGACAUACUGGCUCUUGAGGCGGGGGGCCUGGUCCGGAGGCAUGGGCCGGGGGAGGAGUGGCCCGGUGGGGCCCUCGGGGCCGCUCUCCUGGGAGGGGGUGGAGGCGCAGCAGCCGCUGUCGGAGCCACUGGAACCGCUGGCGGACGGAGGACCCUGCGAGGAGGAGCUAGAGCUCUCUGUAGCUGCAGAAGAAGAAGAGAAGUUACAGGAGACAAGAUACACGGAGCAGAGGACUCCAAGGUCAUGAUAAACAGCAGGUGGGAAAGGGACACCCCUGCCUUGUCCCUUUGUUUAUCUUCAUGCUGGUUGAACAUUGCCUGUUUAUUAUGAUUUUAGUUCAUUUUUGUGAAUAAAUCACUCUUACAACAUUUAUAAAAUAAAAUCCUGCAUCCAUUUCCCUCAAAAUGUCAGUUAUACAAAACCAAUUGAUGUUAUCAAAUGCUUUCUCUGCGUCUAGGAACAGGAAAGCAUUGAUUGUUUUUAUCGUAAUACUCGAUUGAAUUCAUAUAGUCCUGAUGUUCUCUUUCGUAUGUCUUCUGGGUAAGAAUCCCGUUUGAUCUUCCUCUGUUCUAUCCAUUAUCUCCUUUAACCUUGCUGCAAGAAUACCGGAAAAUAUUUUAUAGUCUGAAUUUAAUAGUGAAAUCCGUCUAUAGUUUUUAACCUGAGUAUUAUCUGCAUUUUCCUUGGGUAGCAUUACUAUAUUUGCACUUUUCCAGGGUUCUGGUAGUUUCUUUUCUUCUAGGAUUGUUCUAAUGUAAUUCUAAAAUCUUAAAUAAAAAUAUAUUUUAAAAAAUUA